AUGCCGAUGAACAGACAACAAGUGGAGCAACACAUCCAAUGGAAACUUCAAGCUGGAAAUUGUUCCUUUUGGUGGGAUAAUUGGCUUGGCAUAGGACCAUUAGCACAAUUCACCACCAAUAGUAACAGUUUCAACAACUCUACAGUGGCUGAUUUCUGGGAGGAAGGGAAGUGGAGUUGGAGCAAGAUGAUAAGGCAGGUACCAGCCAGCCAGUUCUCCAACAUAUUGACAACAGAGAUAUUUCCACAGCAACACAUUCCAGACAGGGCAUUAGCACGUAUUGACAGCAUAGAACACACAUUCAAAUCAGGACAAUUUGCAGCCAAGGUAUGGAGUUAUUUUGCAGGAAGUGCAGGCCUACAUUCGGACCAUUCCUCACUGCAGCUGCUGCUACAGCAAUGGUGGACAACAAAGUCCAAAAAUGCAGCCCACAAACUGCUGCUACAAGCUACUCCAAUAUUCAUCUGCUGGAAACUGUGGAAGAACAGGUGUGCCUGCAAGUAUGGAGGUAAAGCAACCAACAUCAUCAGGGUGAAGUAUGCAGUCUACAAAGACAACUUCAAAAUGCUGAACAGUGCAUUUCCACAUCUCCAAUGGCCUGCAAAGUGGACUGAUCUAAUCCAAAAGAGUGAAAAGUGUGUGCAUGAAAUCAAGGUGAACAUGGUGAAGUGGCUUAAACCUGCAAAUCAGUGGCUCAAAGUGAACACUGAUGGCAGUGCACUCAUGAACCUUGGCAGGCUGGGGGCUGGUGGAAUCUUGAGAGACAAACAUGGCAAAUUGGUGAUGGCUUUCACAACACCACUUGGAGAAGGGACAAACAACAAAGCCGAAAUAGAGGCAGCCAUCUUUGGUUUAACUUGGGCACUUGAGCUUGGAUACAGGAACAUAAUAUUGGAACUUGACUCUCAACUACUAGUGCAUUGGAUCCUAAAGAAGGCAGUCCCUCGGUGGAGUAUCAUCACUCAACUUGGAAGGCUGCAACAGCUUAUCGCUCAAGUCCACAACUUCAAAUGCACUCAUGUAUUCAGAGAAGCAAAUUGCGUAGCAGAUGCAUUAUCAUAA